AAUACUGUUUACGAUGAUGCAGAUGAAAGCAGCAGAAGCGCAGAAGAAGAAGCUGAAGCAGAAGAUGAAGAAAAAGCUGAAGCUGAAGAAGCUGAAGCAGAAGAUGAAGAAGAAGCUGAAGCUAAAGAAGCUGAAGCAGAAGAUGAAGAAGAAGAAGAAGACGAAGAAGAAGCAACAUUUGUAUCAGUGUUAUAGCAACAGCAACAGCGCUUAUCUGAUACGUGUGAACACCGUUGACAAAGGCUAUAGGUGGAAAAAUUGUCUAGGAAAAGAUCAAGCUUAAGC